UAUACGCAAACCCUACAGUUUAUUUUGUCUAUAUCUUAGAAAUCUCUGGCAGGUAUGAACUAUGAAGGCACAAUUUUUGUUUGGUUUCAUCAUCUUCUUCGUAUAAACUCACCUUCCAGGUUUUCUACCAAUCUACGAAGGUUCACAGGUUAAUUGUUACGAUUUGUGCGCUAAAGUCAUUCUUGGCAGUUUAUAUCUUUAUUUUUUCGGAUAUCAUGGGAUCGGACAGUAGAAUUUGGGGAUGGGUUGUGGUGAGGGGCACCGGUGCUUCAUUUCUCUGCAUCAAUCUAUUUUCUCUCUUAGUAAGACUCUAUUUUGCUCCAAUCAUAUUCAGGUGUCGGGUGCCACAGAUAUAUGGAGAAUACGAAACCCAACGACAUUGGAUGGAGAUCACGAUCUAUCUACCAGUAAAAGAACGGUAUCGCAACAACACAUUGAAUUAUCUCAAAUAAUGGGGCCUCGAUUACCUACAAGAGCUACAUUCAUGGGCUUUUUUAAAGAUACUCUUGUUAGCACCAUUGUGUAUUUUAUCAAUCAGCGAUAUGAUGGGGUGCAGUUAUGGCAAAUUGGCAAUCGCAGAGCUUUCCUGGAGUGCAUCAGCUUGUUUCGUCUCCUAACUUCAUUUCUUUUUUACUCCUCUCCCCAUCGACCUUUAAUCUGUUAGAGAUUGCAGCAGUAGAUCGGCCAAAAAUGCAUCGUUGGGAAACUGGGAUCAUCAGAAUUACUAGGCACCCUCAGGUAUGAAACCAAUCAAUUAUCAUCGUCACUCAGAUGUGCAUUUUACACGUGUUUUUUGCCAUACACAUUCAUAUAAAGGAAAAGGCAUGAAUCCAAAUCAACAUUCUGGAAUGUGUGUGAAGGGUUGUACCUUUGCCCGCACCAGGCUGAUGUGUAUGCCUACUCCGAAACCUGCGUAGGUUGGCAACCCGAUACGGGGAGGAGGCAUUCAAUGCUGUGAAGAACCAGACUAGCAUCGUCCCUUUUGCAGCCAUUCUGGAUGGUUGCCAAAAGUUGCCAAAAGAUUAUUACAGGGAGUUCACAGGUUGCCAUACCUGGCUGUAACUAUAUUGACAUUAGGUGUUUACUUUGCACACGUACUUAUGCAGGCUGCUAGCUUCCAGCUUCACUGGUAGUUAUUCUUAGUUCAUGAUGUGCCACUCUCUUGCCACCAUGUAAACCGGAGUGGGAUGUGGGUAGGGUGGAUACAAAUUGAUAAUAUAAAUGUUUAUGGAUGUAAUCCAUCAUCUAUAGUAAUAGAUUCAUGUUAUUUGUCUGUUCCUAAGCCAAUGGAAGAGAUAUUCCAGCAGUAUGCAGAGUAGUGCUUUAUCAUUUCACAUAUUCUUAUUUCAAGGUAAGUAUGAUAGCCUGCUUUCUCCUUUAGUCUGUUAUUUCUCAUUUGUGCUUAUCAAGUUAUUAAAACCUCAUCUUAGUACUGGUUCAAUAGAUUCAAUCAUCAUUUUAAUUGAACCGGUUGUGCCAAUAAUAACUUUUUUUAUUUUCUUUUCUAUAAAAAUAUAUAUGCAUGUCAUUCUCAAGUCCAUAUGCUAUGUCUCGCUGGACAAACCUGCCAAGCCUAUACCACUGAUUUUUUUACCAUCACCAAGAAUGAGAUAUUCAUGGACUAUAGCUCGCAUCAUUCAUGGCCAGACUCUACUAUAGCUCAGUCUCGCUGGACUUUGACCUCUUAUGAUUCCUAACACUUCAAAUUUCUGAAAUUCAAACAUUUUUCUUCUGUAAAACAAAAAACUCUGUUUCUAUCCCAAACUUCAAUUUCAUCUCCCAGUUUAUUUUUGUUAUUAAAGCUAUAUUAUUAGGAGGAAUUUGUUUGUUAGUGUUUGCUUAGUGUUCAUUGACGAAUAGUACUCCAUAUGAUAUUCUCUAUUUCGGUUUACUUUUUUUCCUGACUUCUGGUUGAGCUGUUGAGACCCAGAAGAUGUUUAGAGGUCAUGCCGGUUAUUUACUACGCCACUAUCAUGAAUCAAGAGUUGAACAACGGCUUGAUUGUACAGAAAAAUUUGCAAGUAUCUACGGCGGAUAAUGUGGUCUCUUAGCUGUUUUGGUGCAUGUUUCAAUUUGUAAACUUGAAUUUCAAGAGUUUUAUCAAAACAGUAUGUCAAUCUGUUUUAGUAGAGAUCAAAUUGACGGAGUUCCAAUGCUAGAAGUUAGUGGUCCUGGUUGUGCAUGUAAUUUGGUUUUAUUUUGAAUUUUAAUUGUAUACCUUCACUUUUUUUCGGUUUGUUAGAAAUGGAAAGUUUUUUAACUUAGUGUCCUCUAAUUUUAUGGAAGAAUUGGGGAUGAUACAAAUACCUUUGAGGUGAAUUACAAAAUAACACUCCUACAUUGUUUGCUCUCUUCAAAAUGUGAUGGUGCGUAAAAACUGAAUUAAGGAAAUUAAUCAAUAAUUCUUUUAUCAAUUUUGGACACCAUAUUUGGAUUAAUAUCAAUGCCCCUGCACUCUCAAUGAUGAAUGGCAUACAUUCCCUUUAGCAAUGCUUCAGAGGCAAAUAUGUUUCUUAAAUUGUAAAUACGGUGUAAAGGUGCUUUGUUUAUUGCAGAUGAAGACGAAGACCCUGAGUUUAAGAAGCUUGUUUCAGGUGGCAUCAGCAUUCCCGCUUGUGUUGCAACUGCUGGAACUACUUUGAUUGUUUGGUUUGUAAAUUUGUAGAUUCCAUCGUAUACUAUUUUUUGUCUUUGGGGCUGUUUCUUCACCUUAUCCUUUUCUUAUUACUUGCUCUUAUUAUAGUCAACAUAAGCAAUCUAUGUUUGCAGAUACAUUGUUACCAUCUAUGAUUGAACUACUCUUUUCUAUUUUUAUUUUGAUUAUUUUU